AUGGCAGACAGAAAAACUGAGUCACUGCAUUCCUCCAUAGGGCUCUUGGGCAUUUCCGCAGGAUCACUCCUACUGGCGGUGCAUUUCUACAGUUUACCCAGAGCAGCCCCUCUGAUCCCCAGCACAGCUCUAGGAGUCCUUCUGCUGAUUUUAUCGUCUCUUUUGGCCUAUGCAGGAAUUCGGAAAAGCCUAAGAAAUGCCUCCCUGUUCUUGUCUCUCUGCCUGACCAUCUCAGUGUUCUGGUGUGGCUACGGAGUGGUCUUCAUCCUGAGAGGACAAGGAGUUUUGAACAACACUGGUGAUUUCCGCAAUGCCUUGGUGCCUGGCCUGGUCACAUUUACUUUGGCACUACUCAUUAUUGCAGUGGUGGGCUUCCUUUGCAGAGAGGUCAUCCUAGCUAUGAUUGCUUCUGCUGUCUCACUUGCCAGUGCUCAUGAAGUCGCCAUGCAUUAUAGCACAGCUUUUGGUUCCUCUGCUGUGGCUUGCAAUUAUAUGGUUGUCUGCUUGGUUGGUGGUUAUUUUGCUCUGGGAAGGAUUCUCUAUUUCCUAACCAAAGAGAAAAUUGCCCUCCCUGGCACGGAUCUGGCCAAGAAAAAGACCCACGAACAGAUCCAAUCCACCAGUGGCAGCGUGAAUCGUUUUGCAGUCACCGGUCUGAUCCUGAACAUGCUGUCCGCCAGUGUCUUUGGCUGUAGGCUCCUGGGCAUCACUGGCAAACUGUUUAUCGGACAAGUGCCCUGGCUGUGGGCAGCUGGGAUCUACCAGAUUGGCAUCUGCAUUUUGUCAUACCGUGCAAUGGAUGUGCUAAUGGCCACGUUCUUUGGUUUCACUUCCAUUCUGAAAUUUGCUGGAGGCUAUUGCCUUCUUGUCUUGGCUCUUUUUCUCGCUCUUAAGAGCCCAGUGGACAGCCUGUAUUUGCUGUUUUAUGUGGCCUACUGCAUUGCAUUAGCUUGUCGUCCCAAGGGGUUUUUUGAAGGUGGACCCCAAGGUGUGGAUGUGGCCAUCUUUGUGGCCUCAGCCUUGAUGACUCUAAUUCACCUGUACAAUGUGAAAGCAAGUGCCAAGAUCCCGACAGGGAAGGAUGCUGUGAAGGCCCUACUUGCUCGCAGCAGUUUUCUGAAGCUUCGUGAGGGCGCAGACCUUCAUGCUCCCUACCUAGGGUAUUCCAAGUACGCAGAUGCAGAAGUACUUGGCUAUGCAUGCAGUGUCCUCGCUUCUUUUGCUAUAACAAUGACAGGGGACCCCCAGGCCCCACUUGCUACUGUUGUAAUUCCGUGGGUAGUGGUAGCUGGUGGGAUCCUUAAGCUUCUAGGCGGCUCAGUGGCCUUUGCCCGGGGUAAAACCCUGGAGAGCAGUGCCUUCAUUCUCUAUGCUGUCAUGUGGAUCAUCUGGGGCUUGACAAGGUAUGGUGGCCUCUAUGGCACCACCAGAAGCUUCCACGCAGCAGUAGGCAUCAUUUCCUUCAUGCUCUUCAAUGGCUUCAUUGUCUUCUGCACGCUCUUCUUAAACAUCGCCUGGUUCUUUUACUCCCUCACUUUCUUACUCAUCGCUGUCAGCUUCUUGCUGGAUGCCAUCCAUGCUCUUCCAGCUGGCUACGACAUUGCUGCCACUAUCAUCUUUGGUCUGGUCAGCUUUUACUGCUUCCUGUCUGCCCUUUUCAGCAGCGUCUUUGAGGGUUCCUGCUUACCAAUGGGUAGGCCCAUUGUGAAGCUUAGUGGUGUGGGGGGAGGAAUGACCAAGUGCCUUCACCUGCCUGCCAGGAAAGCUUCCUCAGUCAAGAGAAUCGCAGAUAUCCUGAAGAAUGGAGGGACUUGCGGCAUCCCCACAGAUACUGUGUAUGUGCUUGUGGCAGCCUGUAAUCGGCCUGAUGCUGUGGAGAAGGCUCACCAGUCCAAGCGCCAGGCUCAGGAUCGCCCCAUGUCACUCUGGAUUUCGAGCUUAAAGCAACUGGAACCUGCAAAGCAUUUGUUCACUCCCCUCCUCUGGGACUUCAUGGAGGCUGCCUGGCCAUCUCCGAUCAGCUUGGUGGUUCCCAGAGGUGAAUGGGUGGACUUCCUGGGAAUGAAGGACUCUGCUAAAUACGUCGGUACCCCUCAGAGCAUCGCCAUCCGCAUCCCCGACUGCUCUGUCACCACGCACCUCAUCGACUUGGUUGGCCCCAUUGUGGUCACGUCAGCCAACCCAACGGGAGAGGCAGACACAACACACCACAACCAAGUGUAUGCCAAGCUGGGAGAUAAGGUGGAUGCAGUUCUUUGUGAUGGGCCUUCUCCAGAGAACAUUGCCUCCACCGUGGUAGACUGCACCAAAAUCAACAGUGGAAACAUAGGAUUUUUCAGAGUCGGUAUCAUCCCCAAGUCUCAGGUGCUGCAGAUACUGGAGCAGGUGCAGAAGAAACAGACGUUGGUUCCUAACAGUGGCACUUGCACCACAAAAGGCCAGGAAGGACAUCUGAAUCACAGCCACGCUGUGCACAACGGGGUGGGCAUGGCUGCCUCGGAAGAGACGGCGCCGACGCCGUCCUCUGAUGAUGGCUGCAAGAAUUACACUCGCCUCUGA